AUUAGUUCACACUUUGUUCGCAACAGCUGUUUUGAAUACAAAUUACAAGUUGUUAUGAGUACGCAGGCAACAAACAGAACCAAACAUUUAGCCGUCCUGGCCGCAGGACUUGGACUGGUGUAUGUCCUGGCGCGGCACAGACGUUCCAUACUUGGGACCUUGAUACGUACCUGUAAUUUACGCUUCCCUUUGAAUUUAAAUCACAAACGCAUUGAGGUCAUCAACUCCGUGCACGAGUCCCAAAGCGUUAUCCGCGAGCUGAAGAGUCAUUGCGAGACGUUCAAGGUGCUGGGAUUUGAUUGCGAAUGGAUUACCGUUGGCGGCAGUCGCAGACCUGUGGCGCUGCUACAGUUAAGCUCCCACAAGGGUCUGUGCGCGCUUUUUCGACUCUGCCACAUGAAGCAAAUACCUAAAGAUCUGCGCGAGCUGCUAGAGGAUGACAAUGUAAUCAAAGUGGGCGUCGCACCACAGGAAGAUGCCAUGAAAUUAUCACAUGACUUUGGUGUGGGCGUGGCAAGCACUUUGGAUCUACGUUUUAUGGCCGUCAUGGCCGGACAUAAGGCUGAGGGCUUAGGCAAGCUGUCCAAAACACAUUUAAACUUUGUGCUCGACAAGAACUGGCGUCUGGCCUGCUCCAACUGGGAGGCCAAGCAGCUGGAGCCCGCGCAACUAAACUACGCUGCCAACGAUGCACUCGCCGCUGUGGCCAUUUUUCAAAAACUGUCCGCAGAUUUGGAGCCACGUCACUUUUGGAACCUGCGCGCUGUUAAAUUUGACGUGGUGCGCAACAAAAUUGAGCCAUUUCUGGAUGUAGACUUUACAAAAGGUUAUGCUGCUAGCCUAGCCUUAGAUCGUGCUUCCUCUUCGUCUACGCAUGUACUCACUGCCAAGCCCAAGCCCAAGAUAAAGAAGCGUCAGCAAUGUCGCUUUCUGGGCACACAGUCAAAGGCCUUUUAUGACAACUGUCUGCUGGAGGCGCCAGAUGGUGAACUACUGUGUACAAUAGAUCGCCGUAAGGCCACCUGGUACCUGAAUCAAAACCUGGGCACACAAAUCAAUGAACAACCCUUUACCGUACGCCUUAACUUUGAGCCCGCUGGACGCGCAGUUGGUGAUGUGGGUCGUUAUUAUCAGACGCCCAAGGAGAACCAGUGCGUCGUCUGUGGGCGCCGUGAUGCAUAUAUACGCAAAAAUGUGGUGCCACGCGAAUAUCGCAAACACUUCCCAGUGGUCAUGAAGUCGCACACCUCACACGACGUGCUGCUGCUCUGCCCCAGCUGCCAUCAGAAGAGCAACAUAUCAGACCACAAAAUACGCACAAUGCUGGGCAAUAAGUGCGAGGCGCCUCCUUUUAAGCACAGCGAGGGCGUCUGCAAGUACACCGAGGACAAAGAGCUCAAGCGUGUCAAAUCCGCUGGCAAGGCGCUGCUUCUUCAGGGCGAGCGUAUACCUAGCCCAAAGGUUGCUGAAAUGCACAAGACUCUGCUGGAUUACUAUGCAGAUGAAACGGAAAUAAGCCAGGAGCUGCUGAGAAGGGCUGCUGAGCUCGAUUGCCGCGUGGAGAAUGAAGAUUACUGCCAGCAUGGUGAGAAAGUAGUGCAAAUGUAUUGCGAUAAGUAUGGCGGCCUCGUGGAAUUGGAGCGACUGUGGCGCGAGCACUUUCUACACACUAUGCAACCUAAGUUUCUACCUGAACUCUGGAAUGUCAAUCACAAUGCCAGUCGCUUGGAAGUGCGUGCCAGCGAGGGACGCGUGGACAAUGCUGAUUUGCUUGUGGCAGGUCUGGAACCUGUUGUCAAAGACUCUACGACAAACGCUUGUUGAUUUAUGCUUUUUAUACACAAGU